AUGACAAUAUUAUUUGUAUUUAUUCUCGUCUUGUUUAUUGGUUGUUCGAUUGGAGAAUCACCAAGAUUCUAUUCAUCGGAUACGCUUGGAAACGGUGCUACUUUGUAUCAAGAGGGAUAUUUAGGAGCUACCAACGAUGCUUAUUUUGUUAUUAUGCAGCGCGAUGGUAAUUUAGUUGUUUAUACAUCACGAGAUUUUAGUUCAGUAAAUGCACAAUGGAGUUCUAAGUCGGCUGGCAAAGGUCAAGAGCCAUUUCGUUUAAUAAUGCAAGAUAACGGUAAUUUAGUGAUUCGUGAUGCUGUGAAUCAGCUUAUAUGGAGUACUCGAACAGCAGGAAAAGGUGUGAAACCUCAUUAUCUUGUUAUGCAAAUUGAUCGAAAUCUUGUUCUAUAUGAUGGGCAUCAUCAACCAAUAUGGGCGUCAAACACGACAAAAUGGUGA